AAAAACAAUUAAAAUUGAAAAAUAUCUGGAUCUUCAGGUUGUUAUUGGAUCUCCUCUGAUAAGUGUAAAUGGAUUAACAGUAACAAUCCAUGGAGAGGGAUAGGGAGAGGGACGAUUAGUCUUCUAUUUUUGUUCAUUACAACCUUAAAGCCUGUCUUAAAAUAAUUUUUUUUCCUCUUUUUGUCUUACAGAUUUUUUUUGUCUGUCUGGAUUUCGUUUGCCUUCUUCUCUCUCUCUCUCUCGCUCGAUUCAAUUUGGGCGAGUUAGGGUUUAUCACCAGAUCCUUGUCGCUAAAGCUUGUAUCUUUAUAGGGUUUGCAUAGAUCUCUCGUUAACCCAUCUGCAAAAAUGGUUCCAGCUCUUUCAAUGAACUGAAACUAGGGUUUCAUUCAGAAACCGAAUCUGGUUAUCCUUAGCCAAUAAAGUUCGAAACUUUGUGACCUAACGAGCUGAAAUCUCAGCUUUGAUUAGCGAGUUAGCGAAAAGGGUUUAGAUAUGAUCAAACAGAUAUUUGGGAAGCUGCCUAAAAAGCCUUCAAAGUCAUCAAACAAUGACUCCAAUGGCGAAGGAGCUGUUAACUCCUACUACGCCCCAAAUCCAUCAGCUUCUUCUGGCUCUCGCGUACCAAAUGGCACUCUUGCUCCUAACUCUGACAGGAACAUUCAAUCUGGACCCUUUGAGGCCUUACCUAGCUUCAGAGAUGUUCCCAUCUCCGAGAAACCUAAUCUCUUUAUCAAGAAGCUGACCAUGUGCUGCGUUGUCUUCGACUUCACCGACCACUCCAAGAAUCUUAAAGAGAAAGAGAUUAAGAGGCAGACACUCCUCGAGCUAGUUGACUACGUUGCAUCAGUUGCUGUGAAGUUUAACGAAGUUGCAAUCCAAGAGCUGACGAAGAUGGUAGCUGUGAAUUUGUUCAGAACGUUUCCUUCAGCGAAUCACGAGACUAAGAUCCUGGAGAUGCAUGAUAUGGAAGAUGAGGAGCCUUCCUUGGAGCCAGCUUGGCCUCACAUUCAAGUUGUCUACGAGAUUCUUCUCAGGUUCGUGGCUUCUCCCAUGACUGACGCAAAGCUUGCAAAGAGAUAUAUAGACCACUCCUUCGUCUUGAAGCUCUUGGACUUGUUUGAUUCUGAGGAUCAGAGAGAGAGGGAGUAUCUGAAAACCAUUCUGCAUCGCGUUUACGGGAAGUUCAUGGUGCAUCGGCCUUACAUCAGAAAGGCUAUAAACAAUAUCUUCUACAGGUUCAUCUCCGAGACUGAGAAGCAUAACGGCAUUGCAGAGUUGCUGGAGAUUCUUGGAAGUAUAAUUAAUGGUUUUGCUUUGCCUUUAAAAGAAGAGCACAAGCUCUUCCUUGUCAGAGCUUUGAUUCCUCUCCACAAGCCUAAAUGCGCAUCGGUCUAUCACCAGCAGCUUUCUUAUUGCAUUGUUCAGUUUGUGGAGAAAGACUUCAAGCUCGCGGAUUGCAUUAUUAGAGGGCUUUUAAAGUACUGGCCUGUGACUAACAGCUCCAAAGAAGUAAUGUUUCUUGGUGAGUUAGAAGAAGUUUUGGAAGCUACUCAAGCAGCUGAGUUUCAGCGUUGUAUGGUCCCUUUGUUCCGACAAAUUGCUCGUUGUAUCAACAGCUCACAUUUCCAGGUUGCUGAGAGAGCGUUGUUUUUAUGGAACAACGAUCACAUAAGAAACCUGAUCACUCAGAACUAUAAAGUGAUCAUGCCUAUAGUCUUCCCAGCUCUUGAGAGGAACACACGUGGACAUUGGAACCAAGCGGUUAAGACUCUGACUCUAAACGUGAGGAAAGUGUUCUCCGACAUUGACCAUGUUCUCUUUGAUGAGUGUUUAGCUAAAUUCCAAGUGGAAGAAGAGAAUAAAACAGAGGUUAAAGGGAAUCGGGAAAGAACAUGGAAGAGGUUAGAAGAUUUGGCGGCUUUAAAGACCAACGAAGCAGAGCUGGUCCCAAGAUUUGUGUCCUCAGUGAAUCUUGCAAGCAGCUCUGAGUCCUCAGGGUAGGUACUGUGGUUUCUGCUCUGUUAUGUCAGCUUAUACUUUAAUGGUAACGAUAUAGAUUCGGGUUUGAGUUGUUGAAUCGGUUUUCUUGAGGCAACCAAGAAGAUAUUCGAGAGAGAGAGAGAGGAGGGUGAAGUAUCUCAGUUGUCAUCAUUGAAUACUUAACAAGUUAUUUUUGUAUGGGUUUACUUGUUGGUUGCUUGUGAUCAUCUUCUUCUGGGAAUGGGCAAAACAACAUAUAUGUACUGUAAGAAACUACAAGGAUAGUUCUUGAGACACAAAUGUAUAAUUAUUUCGUUUAAUUUAAUCUUUUGGAUCAAAUUCUGUCAGAAUGUAUCUAUUUUUCCUUCUUCACAGUUUCGGAAUAAUUUCUUCUGCAGAUUUUUCCAGCUGGUCAUUU